AUGACUUUUAUUAAGAAGAUUCUACUUCUGCUUCUAUUUCUAUCGCUCGAAAUUGUACUAUUAAUUGUGACAAUAUAUUAUUCAAACAAUUCUGAGUACACUGACAAUACAAAAAAAGAUGCUGUGGAACUGCAGAUAAUCAGACGUCAACGAGCAAUUAGACCCGCUACUAUACAUUAUUGCAAGUUCAAUCAGUACUAUGAUCAGGAAGAAGGUCGUUGUCUAGGUGUACCAGGAGGCGGCAAAGUGCUUCACAUUGAAAACGGUCGAUCAUGUGGCGUCAACGUCUUGAAACCGCAUUGUAAAAGCUCUCUAUAUUAUCACAUCUGUAAGCGCAACAAAUCGAUUCUGGCGCAAUGUGCAAACAGGCAGAUCUUUGACAAUCGUCUGCAGCGAUGUGUUUCCUACGAUUCAAGUAAAUUAACUCCCAGUAUUAUUUCACCAGACGACUAUACGCAUUACGAUCAUGUUAGAAUGCCACGUUGCACGAAAUAUGGUCGAUUUCCCGUGCCCGGUUAUUGUUCCAUGUUCUAUACGUGCGACACGAAUGGACAUCGACUUUAUCAGAGCGUCUUUAAAUGUCCACAAAACACAGGAUAUCAAGUAGACAAAGGUGUUUGCAAUACUGUGACAGAUUGUAUGAACGACAACUCGGUAGGUACUGCAGUUUGUGUUCCAAAUGCCCCUGACGAAAAUGUGGAAUCUUCAAGUCUCAAUGAAGCUGGAGAUGAAAACGCGAAAGAAAUUUCUGAAAUACUCAAAGACAAUAAAACCAGCACAGACGAUUCUACUCUAGAAAAAGAGGAAAAUGUAAAUUUCAAGACUUUUGAUGUUAUCACUACUACACCUAUAAAUGAAAUAGGACCACAGUCAGAGAAUAAUUACAACGAUAAUGAUAACGAAGAGUCAAGUAACAAGGCGAUUUCGCCAAAUCCAUCCAAAGAAGAUACAAUUUUUGAUGGUAUCGACGAAAAGAUGAUGUACAAUCAAACUCCGAAUCAAUCUGAAACCAUGCAAAAAGCAUUUGACGAAGGACCUAAUAAAGAGGACGGAUCAUCACUAUUAAAUUUACAAAUUACAUCCCCAUUAACGACAGAAUUCAAUGACACAUUGCAUUCGAUUUCAGAACAAUAUACAAACAACGAAGACAGCACAGAGACAUCACCGAAUUUUAAAAACGAUUCAGUUGAUCUGUUCCCGGUACCAACAAGUAAGACACGAGAAUCUACCCCAAUCAGUGACGUUUCACUAAAUAUAAACGAAAAAAUGCAAGAUGCAGCUACAGAACAAUAUAAAAAUAAUGGAGACAGCAUAAUGCCGCCAUCGAAUUCGAAUACUGAUACAGUUGAUCUACACUCGACACAAACAAUAAGUAAUAUAUCAGAAUUCUCUCCAGUCAGCGACGUGUUAUCAAACGUAGAUGAAAAACUACAAGAUGCGAUUAUAGAACAAUAUAAAAAUACCGAAGAUAGCACAAUAAUGCCAUUGAACUUUAAUACAGAUUCGGUUAAUUUGGCACCAACAAUAAGUAAUGUACCAGAAUCUUUUCCAACCAGUGACGUGACAACAAAUGUAGAUGAAAAAGUGCAAGAUGCAAUAACGGAACAAUAUAGAAACAACGAAGAUACCACUAUGACGCCGUCGAAUUUUAAUAUAGAGACGCUUGAUCAAUACACGACACCGAUAGUAAAUAAGGUAGCAGAAUCGCCUCCAAUCAGCGAAGUGUCAAACGUAGAUGAAAAAACGAAAGAUAAGAUCGCAGAACAAUAUGAAAACGUAGAUAGCACAAUGACGCCAUCGAACAUUAAUAUAGAUUCGGUCGAUCUGGCACCAACAAUAAGUAAUGUACCAGAAUCGUCUCCAAUCAGCAAUACUUCACCGAAUAUAGACGAAAAGAAGCAAGAUGUAGCUACAGAAGAAUUUAAAAGUAAUGAAGACAGUAUGAUGCCGCCAUCGAAUGUGAAUAUUGAUUCUGUUGAUCUACACUCGACACCAACAAUAAGUAAUGUACCAGAAUCUUCUCCAAUCAGUGAUGUGUUAUCAAACGCAGAUGAAAAAACGCAAGAUGCGAUCGCAGAACAAUAUAAAAACGAAGAUAGCACAAUGACGCCACCGAACAUUAAUACAGAUUCGGUUGAUCUGGCACCAACAAUAAGUAAUGUACCAGAAUCGUCUCCAAUCAGCGAUGCUUCACCAAAUAUAGACGAAAAGAAGCAAAAUGCAGCUACAGAACAAUUUAAAAAUAAUGAAGACAGUAUGAUGCCGCCAUCGAAUGUGAAUAUUGAUUCAGUUGACCUACACUCAGCACCAACAAUAAGUAAUGUACCAAAAUCUUCUCCAAUCAGUGACGUGUUAUCCAACGUAGAUGAAAAAACGCAAGAUGCAGCUACAGAACAAUAUGAAAACGAAGAUAGCACAAUGACGCCAUCGAACAUUAAUAUAGAUUCGGUCGAUCUGGCACCAACAAUAAGUAAUGUACCAGAAUCGUCUCCAAUCAGCAAUACUUCACCGAAUAUAGACGAAAAGAAGCAAGAUGUAGCUACAGAAGAAUUUAAAAGUAAUGAAGACAGUAUGAUGCCGCCAUCGAAUGUGAAUAUUGAUUCUGUUGAUCUACACUCGACACCAACAAUAAGUAAUGUACCAGAAUCUUCUCCAAUCAGUGACGUGUUAUCGAACGUAGAUGAAAAAACGCAAGAUGCAGCUACAGAACAAUAUGAAAACGUAGAUAGCACAAUGACGCCAUCGAACAUUAAUACAGAUUCGGUCGAUCUGGCACCAACAAUAAAUAAUGUACCAGAAUCGUCUCCAAUCAGCAAUACAUCACCGAAUAUAGACGAAAAGAAGCAAGAUGUAGCUACAGAAGAAUUUAAAAGUAAUGAAGACAGUAUGAUGCCGCCAUCGAAUGUGAAUAUUGAUUCUGUUGAUCUACACUCGACACCAACAAUAAGUAAUGUACCAGAAUCUUCUCCAAUCAGUGAUGUGUUAUCAAACGCAGAUGAAAAAACGCAAGAUGCGAUCGCAGAACAAUAUAAAAACGAAGAUAGCACAAUGACGCCACCGAACAUUAAUACAGAUUCGGUUGAUCUGGCACCAACAAUAAGUAAUGUACCAGAAUCGUCUCCAAUCAGCGAUGCUUCACCAAAUAUAGACGAAAAGAAGCAAAAUGCAGCUACAGAACAAUUUAAAAAUAAUGAAGACAGUAUGAUGCCGCCAUCGAAUGUGAAUAUUGAUUCAGUUGACCUACACUCAGCACCAACAAUAAGUAAUGUACCAAAAUCUUCUCCAAUCAGUGACGUGUUAUCCAACGUAGAUGAAAAAACGCAAGAUGCAGCUACAGAACAAUAUGAAAACGAAGAUAGCACAAUGACGCCAUCGAACAUUAAUAUAGAUUCGGUCGAUCUGGCACCAACAAUAAGUAAUGUACCAGAAUCGUCUCCAAUCAGCAAUACUUAA